UUCGCUCGGUGGGCGGAACUACGGCCUGAGAGAGGACCCUUGACUGGCUCCUUCAACCCGGAACUUCCUGGAUCCUGCGCAUGCAGAUGGCGUUACCUGGAGCUUAAACCCCUGCAAGAGGGUAUCGGAGGACUGAAGGAGUUCUGUUGGGGUUCGGAAACAUUGCUGUCUCUGUUGUUCCUGAGGCUAGACAUUGAAGGAGAGAUACAAUGUGAGCAAAGGGAAGAAAGGAAGAAUGUGCAAGACAAUGGCCAAGAACAAACUAAGAGGACGGAAGUCCAGGAAUGUAUUCCACAUAGCCAGCCAAAAAAGCUUUAAGGUUAAAAAUAAAGCAAAACCAGUUACCACUAAUCUGAAGAAGAUAAACAUCAUGAACGAUGAAAAAGUUAACAGAGUGAAUAAAGCUUUUGUAAAUAUACAAAAGGAACUUGCACACUUCUUAAAAGGCCUUUCCCUUGAACCUCUGCAGAAACAGCUGAUUCCUCAGCAGUGUCCUGAAAACGAACCAGUUAAUGUUGAUGAAGCUACAAGAUUAAUGGCUCAGUUGUAAUACACUGGUGAUGCAUCAAAUUCCCCAAAAAGACCAAUAAAUUAAAUGCUUUAUACAAUUUUA